AUGCCCGCCCCAACUCCCCUCUCCGCGUUCAUGUCCUUGGCGCCCAUCGAGCCCGUCCUCGUCUUCGGCUCAAGCACCGACGCCGAAAGCUUCCAAUCGCGCUGCCGCCAAGGCCGCAUCGUGGCCGCCCAGUCCGGCCGCUGGGUCUACCUCCCGCUCCCCGCCGGGCUGCAGCGCGUGCGCACUGCGCGGGGCGGCGAUGUGGCGUUUGAGUUUGAUUCGCAUCGGAAUGCGGCGGCGUGGAAUCUGAGUAUUGGGGAGAUUGGGAAGAUCUAUGCGAGCACGAAGGAGAAGCCGCGAUUUGACACGAGUGUUUAUCUGGGGAAGGUGUGGAAGUAG